AUGCAAAGCCAUGUGGAAGACUUUCUACCGUUUUUAACAAACUCUAAUACAGGAGAUAUGUAUACUCCAGAGGAGUUUGGAAAGUACUGCAAUGAUAUUGUAAACACAGCUGCAUGGGGAGGUCAGCUUGAGCUAAGAGCUCUGUCUCACAUUUUACAAACACCAAUAGAGAUAAUACAGGCUGAUUCUCCUCCUAUUGUAGUUGGUGAAGAAUAUCCCAAAAAACCAUUAAUACUUAUAUAUAUGAGACAUGCAUAUGGCUUAGGAGAACAUUACAAUUCUGUUACACAGGUGGUGAACACAGCUACUGAAAAUUGCAGCUAGUGUUACAGUUAUCUUAUAGUAAGUGUGCCAGUCUGUGUAUUCAUGCCAAGUGCUGGAUUGUUCUAAAUGCUACUGAAAAACACAACUACCUUAAGUCAGUUUUAUGGCAAAGCUACUUACAGGUUUUUAAGAAAUAUGUCAGAGAUAGACUUUACUUAGUGUCCUCUUAGUGGCAUUUUAAAAACUUGUAAGUCCAUUGUGGAGAACAUUACUCAUAGACCAAGACGGUACCUUACUCACUAGUGGUUUAAUUUAUAUAGGAUUCUGGACAUUCUGCUCUAUGUUGGAAUAAAUUUGAAAAUAUUAAAAAAAUGUUCUCCCUUUCUUUAAAGUGUUCAGAGUAAUCAUUUCAAUGCAGUUUUUGCUGAAGAAGUGAAAUGAUCCAGUUUCCUUGUGAUUACAAUAAUGUGGUUGGUGAUCGCAAAUUUAAUUAAUGCUUAUAAAAUAAACUUGAUUGCAGUAAUGUGGGCAUUGAUGAGAUUAACACAAUUAAGCUUUUUAUAUAGCUCAUCAAAGUGUAGGUUAAGGAGCUUCCUUUAAUGGUUAAAUUUUUUUAGAAUAUUUAUUCGGAUUGGAAUCAGUUAAGUUUAAAGAAAUGAGAUAAAUUCAGAGGUAAUUACGUGUUCUCUGUCAGAUUCAAACCUCUAAAGAAUUUUACUUCUUUGUAAAUUUAAGAAGACCUAAUAGUCUUCCUAAUUCAUUUGUUGUUGUUUGCUAUUUCUUAAACUUAAGACUAGAAUUAGUGCCAUGAUCAUUAUUUUCAUCACUACAAAUUUUAAAUUUUCUGUUGUUUUCGCCAUCACUACUCAUCUGUUCUGCUUUCAUUGUAGCCUUUUCUGUAAGAAAUAUUUUGUAGCCUUAUUCUUUACCUUGUGCCGGUUGAGGGAGUGGCCUAAAAAUCUAAGGUCACAUUUACUUCAAAUUCUUCCUUUUUUCCAAUUUUUCUUACAACAUUGCCCUUUUUGUUUCAAUCUCUAGGAUUAGAAGGAGACUUUUGUUAUUUGUUAUUUUGUUAGCCUUAUUAGUGUAUGUCACCUUUACUUCAAUUCAGAUGUCGAGAUUUUUAUGUUGUGUGUGUGGAUAAAAUUGAAAGCCACUAUUUGGGAGCCAAGGUCAGCAUAAUAAAAUCAGUGUCUGAUUGAUUUCUGUGUGAAUGAUUUAUCUAGUUCAGAUUUCUGGUUAUUCAUAAGGGAGUAACUUAUUUAUCUUUUACUUAACUCUAAGAAGAUAGAACCUGUAUAUACAAUUGUGUCUGGUACUUUAUAAUGUAAGGAUGUAUUAUGAAUGAGAUUAUAUUGGUUUGAUUUAUUUUUCCCAAGUUAGAAAUACAAGUAAGGUUUAACAUUAAGUUUAUUUCAUUAGUAUUUUAGGUAAACACACCUGAUUUUUAUAAGUAAAUAUUGGGUUUAUAAUAUUAUAGAUGGUGUGUCCAUCUCAUGCCCAGCAGGUGACAGUGUGGGAAGCUAAUAGGGACUGUGGUCAGCUUUAGCAAGUAAGUACUUUCUAAAGACAUUGCAAUUCAACAGAUUAAAAGGGUUCUGCCUGCCACACAAAAUAGUUUCUGAAGAUUGCUGUUUUGUAACCCUUGAUCUAAACUUUUGGGUCCUGGUAUUUAUAAAAGAAUGAAAAUUUUAAAAUAAAUACUUGGAGCUUACUUUGAAGUAAUCUGUUAUUUUAAAAUUAAAAUAUUAGCACUAAGGAAUAAAACAUAUCAUGAAACUUAGUUAUAAAUUCCAUUUAUAUCUGAAGUAUUCUAAAAUAAUUUAUUGGUAGCUUAUUUUCUAGCAAGAGUCAGGAUUUUUAAAUUACAUGUUUUAAAUUUUUGUUAUUUUUGUUGAAACAACCAAUAAGGUUGUAAAUAAGAUUUGUAUGGUCAGCUUCUGUUAUUUCAUAUAAUUUUAGAUGGAUAUCAUUUAACUAUAACCUAAAAAAUCUUUAAUGGCAAAUGUUAAUUUAAAAGCCGCAUAUACUAAUUUGUUGUAUGAUGAUGGCCUAACCAUAAACUUUCUUUUGUCCUAAUUCAGAAAAGUAUAUGUCAGAGUUCUAGGAUAUGUCUUUAACCAGGAAUUUUAUUCACUUAAAUUUGUUUCUUACUUGUAUAAAGCGGAAAAGAAUGUAUGUAAUGAGCAAUAUAGUUUGCCAAAAGAAGAAUAAAAAAUGAAUGCAUUAAGUCAA